GAAGAGAAUGUACGGGCUGUACCAGCAGCUGAAAGCCAUGGUGUGGGGAGAGGGAAGUGAGAGGGAGAAGACUGAGCCUCCGAGCGCACCAUCUCCUCCCCCACAACCUCAGAAGAGGUUCUUUUCCGGAGAAAUCACCUCUCUGUCCGACACCUCUGGAAUGAUAGAUCACCAGGUGUUCUUUACUCCGAGUGUGGUUAUGGGAGGCCGGACUCCACAGGUGGGAGCAUUGGUUCACGUGACAGCUGAAAGACCACACCCCCUCGCCUGUUGGCAGGCAACCAGAGUUGAAGUCACAGAAUUGUGGGACUCUGACACUGAUGAAGAAAGGAAGACAUUAAUUGGAUUCAUAUCUAAAAUCAGUCGCACACUGGCAGUGGUGGACUGUUCUACCAGCGAGGUGACCUUUGACCCCCAGCUCUACUGUGGAACGGGGUACCGGUAUGAGACAGGAGAUUGGGUGACUGUGGGAGUGAGGUUGGGCGAGGAGGGAGAGGAGGAAGAGGUGGAGUUUGUUCGUCCAUUGAGAGAGAAGGAAGUGGAGGGUGUCAUUACCUCGAUGAGUCGUGGGUAUGGAUUUGUUGACGAUGACAUCAUUUUCUCGUUGGGUCUGUGUGGGCGGAGUCAAGUGAGGAUAGGGGAGGAGGUGAAGGUGAAGUGUGUGGAGUGUCGACAUCAUCAGGCCAGCUGGAGAGCCGUUUCCAUGACUACGCUGUCGUUUUGUCCCCACACUCUCCCAUCGUCCCAGCACUCUCCUUCCCUUCCUCUCCUCUCUCCUUCGUCCCUUCCUCCCACGUCAUCAUCAUCAUCAUCAUCAUGUGAAGGUCUGCUGAAGAACAGGUGUGGACUGGAGUUGAGUGAGGUUGGUGAGGUUGGGGAUGUGCUGGUGGGGAAACCAGAAGACUCUAACCAUAUCCAUCAGGAACACGAGGUCACAUGACCACUGUUUGUUGUCGGUGAAGCCCCUCCCACAUGACCCUCAGAUUUCCGUCUCUCUCCCUCCUUCACUCUGGUGUUCCUGCAACCACUUGCACAGAGGAGGGGGUGAGAAUGGUGACACUGGUGACAUGGGGAGUCUGGGGAGAUGUGUGAUAGUAGUGAGGAGGCAGUGAAGAACUCCAGCUGUCGGCAGUCACAGGGAGAAGAGGGAGUGGCAGAAGUGGGUGUGGUCUCCACUCCCCAUGUCCAUAUCACCAGUGGGCGGAGUCUCGGUGUGACUGUAGCCAUCAGAGCAAAGUCUCUGGGCCAGAUUUCAUGCCUUCUCCUCUUCUCUUUCGUCGGAGGUGUGAGGAUAGCGCGCCAGUUGAGGUCGAAGGUCACCAGCUCUGAUCUCGACUCCCUAAAGCCGGCAUCGGCCUACACGAGAGUGAGAGGAGGAGGGAGUGGGCGGGGCCAACCGAGAAACGGUCUCUGUGGCAUUGUGCCUGGCGAGAAACCUCAUCGCUAAUGUCAGGGAUUUUUCGUACAGGCCAAAGCUGGUGAGACUGCCACACAGACUGAAAGCCUACGCUGUACCUGAGGAUCUGGCCGAGGGAGUGUGGGAGGGGCACCAGAGGGACAUUCUUAACCUUCGACCUCAGCUGACACAGCCCCUGUGCAUGAAGAACUACUACUCCCGAUUCAGCACUCUCCUCAUCUCGAGGAAAUACAGCGAGACGUGGACAUGAGGAACUUUGACCUCUUCCGUGUUCCUCUGAGGCCGAGAGGGCAGUACCUGGGUCUGGAGGUCCCUGGACUAGCUGAGGGGAGACCGUCUCUCCUGCUGGGUGACCGCGUCGUGGCGACCGUGGCGAUACAAGAGGAGGAGGAGGAGGAGGAGAGGGGAGGGGGGAGGUACUGGGAAGGCUUCAUUCACGAGAUUGGGAAGGACUACGUUCUGCUGAAGUUUGCACAGGAGCUCCACCAGAACUCGUUUCUUCAUAACUAUGACAUCAUCUUCCAGUUCAGCAGAACCUCGUUCAGGAGAAUGCACCACUCAGUGGAGAUAGCCCACUUACUGGGCUCAAAAGUCUUGUUUCCAGGGAAACAAACACCCAAACAGCCGCUAAUAAAGCUACCGUCGUCUUCAGACUGUAACCACGACAACGUGGGUGGGGUCUCGGUUCCGUGCCAGUUCUAUAACCCGGUCCUGAACCGGCGUCAGCAGUCGGCAGUGAGGAGGAUUCUGGCAGCCCAGAACAGACCAACACCCUACGUGGUGUUUGGUCCUCCUGGCACGGGGAAAACUGUGACCCUAGUCGAGGCAAUACUGCAGAUCCACCAGAGAAGCAGAGCCAGUCGAGUUUUGGCGUGUGCUCCUUCAAACAGUGCAGCUGAUCUCAUUAUGGAGAGACUGUUGUGCAGUGGUCUGCUAGGAGAAGGAGAGAUAGUGCGACUGAAUGCCAUCCAGAGGGCAGAACCUCCUCCCUCCAUCGCUGCCUUCUGUGAGGACACUGACAAUGCCCACAUUGCAGCCAGGUGUAGAGUGGUGGUGAGCACAUGUAUGACGGCAGGUUUCCUCCAUUCCCUGGGUCUGCCGGUCGGCCAUUUCUCCCACGUCAUUGUGGACGAGGCAGGGCAGGCCACGGAGCCCGAGGCCCUCCUCUCCGCCACUCUUCUCUCAAACACAACCGGACAGGUCCUGGCGGGAGACCCCCACCAAUUAGGCCCCGUCCUCACCUCACACCAUGCCAACAGUCUCGGUCUCUCCCUCUCUCUCAUGGAGAGGGUCAUGUCACGAGGACCUUACCUCAGGGACCCAGCCAAGUACUCUGAUCACGGCUCUUACGACCCUCUCAUGGUGACCAAAUUGGUGGAUAACUACCGGUCUCAUUCCAGUAUUCUAAAUCUCUAUUCCGAUACCUUCUACCACGGAGAGCUUGAACCACGGGCCGACCCCAGUGUCACCUCGUUAAUGUGUGAUUGGGAGGGACUCCCCACGAAGGGGUUUCCCCUGCUGUUCCACGGGGUGAUGGGAGAAGACAUGAGGGAGGGUAACAGUCCAUCUUGGUUCAACCCCGUGGAGAUUAUUGAGGUGGUGUCCCAUGUCCAGUCUGUGAUCGACAACUCAACGUUCGCUCCGAAACUCUCUGACAUUGGAAUCAUCUCUCCCUACAGGAAACAGGUGGAGAGGAUCCGCUGGUUCCUGGGGAGGGUGGGAGUGGAGGGAGUCAAGGUGGGUAGUGUGGAGGAAUUUCAGGUCAAGAGAGACUGGUCGUCAUCAUAUCUACUGUGAGACAUACAUGAUGACGUGGAUGUAGUCAACAACAGGGAAACCUCUGAAAAAGGGACAACAUUUCAUCUUUAUCCUCAUGUUGCUCCAAACUUCUGUCUUUUUUUUUCUAUUCUCCCUAUCUUGCUACAAACUUUUGAUAUUUCGGGCCAUUCACUUAAUACAAUGCGUUUUGGUGAGCCAAAUUCUCUCUCUAUUUAUCAUCAUUCAGGUUCGUUCCACUCUCAAGCUUCUGACCUCUGAUCUAAAACACCACAUCGGUUUCCUUGGCAACCCCAAGAGGUUUAAUGUCGCCAUCAGCAGAGCCAAGGCCCUAUUGGUCGUCGUCGGCAACCCACACCUCCUCUGCCAGGACCCAUACUGGCGAGUGCUGGUACAGUAUGCAGUAGACAAUGGCGGCUACACUGGGUGUUCCCUUCCUGACACACUAGGUCCCGAUUCUCACACUUUCUCUGACUCCUGGCUUCUCAACCCUAGUUCAUACCCCCUCCCAUCCUCCU